AUGGUGGCACUUGUGGACCUCGACAUGCUCGCGGGGCCGGCGGGGGCUGCGGCCGACCCCCCGUCCGUCGACUCCCCGCGAUCGCUGCGGGCCUGCGGACUCUGCGGAGUCGACCCCGCCGCCGCCCUCCGCCCGCUCUCCCUCCGCCAACACUUCGACCUCGUCGCCGGCGGGGCCCCGUGGGUGGACCGCAGCCCCCCCGCCGGCGUCAAUGUGGACACGGCACUGGACGCCUGCCACGCCGCAGGCAUCAACACAGGCACCAAGGAACAUAAACUACUGGCGUACCGCAAUUACACAAAACAUGAGGCAGCACGCAUAGAGACACUGACACUGGUGCGGGAAGUGCGACGGCAGCUCAUCGCGGAGGAGAUCUUUGAACGGCGCCGGAGAGCGCAUGUAGAUCGGCUCUCCCACCGUUCCUCUUUUGACUUAGCUGCAUCACACACACCUGAAGUCGACCAAACACAAAUGUCACUACAGUCAGAAAAAGGAGGGAAUCAUCUUUAUACCGAUCCAUCUCCUACACAGAAAAGAAUAGAUAUCCCAGAGAAUAUAAAAACUAAUACAACACAUCAAAAUAAACAUCUAGAAGACCCCACGAGGGUAGUAAUUACUCGUUCUGUAGAAAAUGAGGAUGACUGGCCAAAUGCAAAGCAUGUGGUACACCUCUCUCCCCUUAACGCAAACAUAGAAGCAAGUCCUGUUAUUCAGAGUGGAAUAAAUGAAAUAUAUUCAGGUGUUGUUACGGAAGCAAAAAUGGAGGAUGAUGCGGCAGUAACGCGUGGAACUGAUCAUACAAUAGGUGAUGUUGCCCCUCCAGCUCCUCCCAUUUCCCAUCGUGAACAAGGGGAAGUUUUCUACUACUAUUGUGCCAACGCUAUGGCAGCCGGGCGUAUUUCAGAAUAUCGAGAGCAGAGUAUUUUGUGA